UCUCUCUCUCUCUGUGUCAGUGUGUCAGGGGAUGAGUAACCAGCUGACGUUGUUGGGGACUCAUGAGAAUCACCAUGACAACCUGGUGAGGAUGUACUCAAACUGCUCCGUGGUUCUGGAGAACCUGGAGGUGACGUACGCUCGGCAGCAUCACGACCUGUCGUUCCUCCAGGUGCUACUCACGAAGCUGCAAUGUGCCAAACAGUGCAGCAGAAGGUGUCGAGGUCCGAAGCCCAUGGACUGCUGUAAUGAACAUUGUGCAGCCGGCUGCACCGGACCUCGAGCCACCGACUGUCUGGCCUGCAGGGACUUUAAUGAUGACGGGACGUGUAAAAACACGUGUCCUCCUCCAACACUCUACAACAUCAAAACCCACCAGGUGGUCAACAACCCAAAUGCCAAGUUCACCUUUGGGGCGAUCUGUGUCACGUCCUGCCCACAUAACUACGUGGUGACAGAGGGAUCCUGUGUUCGAACCUGCAGCGCUGGAAUGUUCGAGGUUGAGGAGGACGGAGUCCAACGUUGCAAAACGUGUGGCGGGCCCUGUCCCAAAGUUUGUGACGGAGUGGGGUUCGGCUCUCUGAUGAACACCAUGGCUGUGAACGCCUCCAACAUCGAAUCCUUCAGGAACUGCACCAAAAUCAAUGGAGACGUCUCGCUCAUCGAAACUUCAUUCACCGGAGAUGCGCAUUAUAAGAUCCCGCCCAUGGACCCUGUGAAGCUGGAAUAUUUUAGGACAGUCAAGGAAAUCACCGGUUAUCUGCUGAUCCAGUCAUGGCCGGAGAACCUGACCUCUCUGUCUGUGUUCGAGAACCUGGAGAUCAUCAGAGGGAGAUCCAAGCACUCUCAACCCAGUUUGUCGGUGGUGACAGCCAAGCACCUCCGCUGGCUGGGCCUGCGCUCCUUGAAGGAGGUGAGCGCUGGGAGGGUGUUGGUGAGGGGCAACCUCCAGCUCUGCUACACUCGACGUGAACAGUGGGCCCGCCUCUUCAAAUCCAUUGACCAGACCGUCAACAUGCGUGACAAUGCUGACCUCAGAGACUGUGAGCAACAGAAUCGAACCUGUGAUGAGGAGUGUGCAGAUGGGGGCUGCUGGGGUCCAGGUCCCACCAUGUGUGUCUCCUGUCGACAUUUUGACCGAAAGCGGCGCUGUGUGUCCUUCUGCAACCUGCUGCAGGGGUGAGCGAGCAGAG